UUUUGGAGGAAUGCGCUGCACUCAGUUCAAAUCCGGCACCCACCAAAGCCAUUUACCACUGACCCAGGAGGCAUGAAACGCCAAGGGAUUUGGCCGCCUGUCAUUGCUACAUCAAUGGUUGCACCAUUCUCAACUAACAAUUGAACCAUUUCCAGGCCACCAGUCCCACCUGCCACAUGCAAAGCAGUCAUGCCGCUGUCCAAUGUGUGAAGCCCCUGGUCCUGUUCUGCUCCGGCAUCAAGCAGCGAUGCGUAGUGAGUGGCAUAAAUCAGCUCCACUUUAGACCAAGCAUCGUACCACCUCCAAAAAUCCAUGUUGGACUGCCAUGUUUAAAGCUGUCAUCCCACCUGCUGCAACAUUCAUACCAGCUCUGGCUUCAAGCAGCAAUUGCACCACUUCCAAGUGACCUGCCCCGGCUGCGAUUUGAAUGGGUGCUUUGCAGCCCCUUGGACCUCUGCCAUUGGGAUCUUGCGGUUUCUGAAGGUCUCAUCAGGAUCUGCAAAGUUCCAAAUCACCAAUUGCACGUUUGCCAACGCUGGCAAGGCCAUGUCAUCCCGCAAAGGGCCACCAUCCCUCAGGAGUCUUUGCUUAAACCUGGGGCGUCCAGUCUCAACUGCCAGGAGUUCUUACCAUCUUCCACCAUGCGAAGGUAGACAUCCUCCAGCUCCAGGACAAGUUCGCCAGAGAGCGCAGUGAUCCGCACCAUUCGGCCGUGAGA